CGGCGAGCGCUCGGGCGCUACAAGAAGGCGUCUAGCAGCUGCUGAGGCGGAGCGCGCUGUCUCUCUCGUCCCGGGGUGUGAGAAGCGCCAUCCUCCCUUUUUCUCCCCCCACCCUUUCCUAGCGCUCUUCCUGGGGUUAUGGGGCUUCGGUACUGAGCUCCUCCCUCCUUUCCUUCAACCCCAACCCCCGGGACUGCCACCGGGAUUUGUUUGCACUAUUCACAUCACCUUCUUCCCCCACUCACCCCGGGAACAACACUACUCAAGGUGAAGAAUAAUAAUCUUCUAGAAUCAGCACUUUGAACAAAUUUUUGCUUUCCUGUGGUAUUUUGAACAUUUCUCCCAUUCUUUGUGGUUUGAAACGGAGACUUUGUAAUUCUGUGCUGUAGCAGCUAUGCAGCUUGAAAUACAAGUAGCACUCAAUUUCAUUAUUUCGUAUUUGUACAAUAAGCUUCCCAGACGACGUGUGAACAUUUUUGGCGAAGAGCUGGAAAGACUACUCAAGAAGAAGUAUGAAGGGCAUUGGUAUCCAGAAAAGCCAUACAAAGGAUCAGGGUUUAGAUGUAUACAUGUAGGGGAGAAAGUGGACCCAGUUAUUGAACAAGCAUCCAAAGAGAGUGGUUUGGACAUUGAUGAUGUUCGUGGCAACCUGCCUCAGGAUCUUAGUGUCUGGAUUGACCCGUUUGAAGUUUCAUACCAAAUUGGUGAAAAGGGACCAGUGAAAGUGCUUUAUGUGGAUGAUUCCAAUGAAAAUGGAUGUGAAUUGGAUAAGGAAAUCAAGAAUAGCUUUAACCCAGAGGCCCAGGUGUUCAUGCCAAUUAGUGACCCAGCAUCUUCUGUCUCGAGUUCUCCUUCGCCUCCCUUUGGUCACUCUGCUACUGUGAGCCCAACCUUCAUGCCCCGUUCCACCCAGCCUUUAACGUUCACCACUGCCACAUUUGCUGCCACCAAGUUUGGCUCAACCAAAAUGAAGAACAGCAGCCGCACCAACAAGGUCGCCCGCACUUCUCCCACUAACCUUGGCUUAAAUGUCAACGAUCUGCUGAAACAGAAAGCUCUUUCCUCCUCCAUGCACUCUCUCUAUGGUCUUGGCCUAGGGAGCCAGCAGGUUCCACAACAGCAGCAACCACCACAACAGCAGCAGAAAACGUCUGCUCUUUCUCCUAAUGCAAAGGAGUUCAUUUUCCCCAAUGUACAGGGCCAAGGUAGUACAAACAACCUAUUCCCUGGCGACAGUCCCCUUAACCUUAGCCCUCUCCAGUACAGUAAUGCCUUUGAUAUGUUUGCGGCCUAUGGAGGUCUAAAUGAGAAGUCUUUUGUGGAUGGCUUGAAUUUCAGCUUAAAUAGCAUGCAGUACUCUAACCAGCAAUUCCAGCCUGUUAUGGCUAACUAAAACAAAAUACAAAUCAUAUUGUACAAGUUGAAAUGCACGUACCCAAGGGUGUAUCUUUUCCACCUCUUGAGUUUUUUUAAAAAAGCUUGUAGUAUGAAUACAUUCAAGCUUGGUUAGAUAAGGACAACAUGCAUCAUUUUUUCAUUUGCCAACCAAGCACAAAGUUAUUUUUUACUGACUGUACAUUAAAUAUACUCGAGAUAUGGCCUCUUACAGUAUUUAAGAUAUAGCAAGGACAUGGCUGAUUUUUUAUAUAUAUAAAAAAUUGGCACUAAUAAGUGGGUUUAUUGGUCUUUUCUAAUUGUAUAAUUUAAUUUAGUACAAAGUUUGUAAAAUAUCAGAGUAUAUAUUGUUUCUACAACAUGGUAUUGCAUUUUUAUCUUUUUACUACAGUGAUCUGUGACAACUGCAGCAGCUUCAUGUUGUAUUUUUUUUACUGAAAUUAUAAAAUUCAUCUUAAAAAACAUCAAUUCUAAAAAGUGUGCAAAAUAUUCCUUAAGCGGUGGAAUUCAAAUUGUAUGGAAUACUUUUUUCCAAGAAAGAAACACAAAUUGUAUUUUCUGUUAAAAAGUUUAAAGAUUUUUUGCUAUAUAUUAUGGAAAAAAAUGUAAUCGUAAAUAUUAAUUUUGUACCUACAUUGUGCAAUACUUGAAAAAGGUAUAAAAGUAUUUUGAGUCAGUGUCUUAUGUUAAAGAGAGGGACUGAAAUAGUUUAUAUUAAGUUUGUAUUAAAAUUCUUUAAAAUUCAA